GCUAUAAUUGCGUCGAAGGCUAGGGGUGAAUGUAACAAAUCACUGCAUGAAAGCACUUUUAAGGGCUUUAAAAGAGAACACGAAUCUCGAGUAGUUAAUUAAUUGCUAAGUAUAUCUGUUUAAUGCAAUCGAAGAUAUGUAAUGCGCUAAAAGCAUCGCAUUGAUUGGCGUUACGUAACUAUCGAGCCUACAAUAUUGGUCGUAAAAAUGAUUGUUAUAAUGACGCCCGUUGGUAUGUCUUCCAAACCGAUCGAAAAUUAAAAUCUGUGCUAUGGUUUUCGCUCCGUGGGCCUCUUUGCGCUUAUUUUGGCGACCGCAACACGACACGAAUAAAAUUGUUUUGGUGUUUACUUUUUCUGGACAGAACUACGUGUUAGCAACUCAUUCUAACGGGAGUGAAGAAAUUAACCCUAAAUUUAUGAGACUUUAAUAGAAGCUAAAUAAUAUGAAGAUGGAUGUUUUUAGAUUAAGAUGUGUUCUUUUGAUAUCUGCGAUCAUAUUCGGCUUCACGUUAAAGGUUAGUGAUGCCGAGAUGAUGAUGACGAUGUCGAAUUCGACCAGGACGACGAGGCCGUCUUUCAACACGGAAACCCGUCUGAUCAGAAACCUCCUGUCACAAUACAGCCGUUACGUGCGACCAGUCUUCAAUGAAUCCACUAUCAUCUAUGUAUAUUAUCAUAUGAGAUUGUCAAGAAUUCUUCAAAUGGACGAACGGAACCAGAUUUUGAUCACAGCGAUGUGGCUCGAACAGAGCUGGAUAGAUGAAUAUCUAACAUGGAAUCCUGAUGAAUACGACAACAUAACCGCUGUUCAUAUUCCUACCACAAUGAUCUGGAUACCGGAUACAGUGCUCUACGAAAGUGCGGACGUCGAAAAGGAGCUGGGGAAUGACGUCAUGCUCACCAAUGCCAAGAUCUUCUACAAUGGAACCGUUUUCUGGCAAGCACCUGCUAUCUUCAAGAGCUCCUGCAGUCUAAGCGUCGAGUACUUCCCCUUCGAUCAACACAGCUGUAAACUCAAAUUCGGCCCUUGGGCCUAUCUCGGCAACGAGGUUAUCAUGAAGAAACAAUCAGACUCUGGUGACUUCUCACAGCUGAGUCCGAAUGGCCAGUGGCAACUUCAGGGGAUGCCCGUUGUAGAGAAUCUCAUCAAGUACGGUUGUUGCCCGAUCCCAUACUCGGAUGUCACCUAUUAUAUCAACCUCAAACGGAAGUCACUUUUCUACGUCUUCAACCUCCUCUUCCCAUCGGUCUUCAUGUCUCUGGUAUCGUUGUUGAGUUUCUACCUCCCUCCAGACUCGGGAGAGAAAGUGGGUCUCAACAUCACCAGCCUACUGUCUCUCGUCUUCUUUCUCCUUCUGGGAGCACAGCUCCUGCCGCCGACCUCGGAAUCGAUUUCCUACCUUGGUAAGCUGUUUUCAACCAUCAUCGCAAUCAUGGGAAUCGAGACGGCCAUCUCCGUAAUCAUUCUCCGUCUUUACCAUCUUCACUUACCCUAUCCUCCGCCUGCAUGGGCCCGGUGGCUCAUCCUCGACAAAGCCGCUCAACUCCUUCGGCUCAAUGGUUGGCGUCACGAAUACAUCGAUGACGAAGGUUCCAUGCUCGAAGUCAUCGACCACGACGCACAAGACCACAAGACGAGUGACCCAUUCGAGUUCGACAAUCGAAAGACAUCGAUGGAGACCAAGGCGAUUGGAGAGAGUCUUCUGCAGAAGCUUGAUAUGAGCCCCGAAGACGUUGCCGUGCCAGAAAUCAAGGAGAAGCAUUCCAGCGAGGAUUCGGACUAUGGUAGUGAGACCAAUGACGACAGCAUGGGGUCAUCGAUCAUGCGCAUUAGCAACUACAUUCGCAGACUGGUAAACAUUUCUCGGAAGAAAGAAGCACUGUCUGCCAUCCAGCAGCAAUGGAUAGAUCUGUGUCUCAUUCUUGAUCGGGUUUUACUCAUUCUCAUGAUGACAGCCCUGUUUCUUGGAUGUAUCAGUAUUCUCUCUAUCAUGUCAAAUCCCGCAUCCCAAGAAGAAUUUGAAAUUUGGUGAAGAUGAGAAUCAAAUAAUAUAGUUACCAUGGUUACUGUGUAUGUAAAUGUAUAUCCAUAUAUCAAUUCAAUUCCAUUCAAACAUUUAUUUUCUUCCAUUUCACCAAUUUUUACAUUUUCAAUCACCGUCACUAAGGCAUCAAACUAUGGAGUGCUAUUCAUUAUUAUGCUUCAUUUCGUGUAGUUUUUUUUAUGAACAAAACUAUACUUUAAGGUCCCGUACAAAUGCGAUAGCUUCUGUCGUGUAGGUAAAGACAGAUUCAGUGAGAUUGUAAUUGUCUUUGGCACGGGAAUAAACGACCAAGUGUUGUUUGUAUAUCGUCACACAUUUCUAUUAUUUAAUAUUAGACAAUGAUGAUUUGUAUGAAAGUGAUUUGAAGUAAGUGAAAAGUGCGAUCAUACAUUGUGUUUUUGUAAAUAGACAUAUUAUAACAAUGUACUAUAUUACCUCUUGAAAUCGAGAAGCUUAACAUGCCGACAUUGAUUUGGGUCUGUAACACUUAGGCCUUUAGUGCCGAGCGACUUGUAAGUAGAAUUGAUUGUUGUUGGUAAUAAAUUAACUCCCAGAGCUAA